AUGCCACCUUGGAAAGCACCGAUAGUACCUACACACAGAUCUUUUCCGUUAUUUCUAUUUGAUAUUUUUUCUGAAGAUGAUGAAAGCUCUUUAAACUCUGUUGUUUGUAUUGAGAGAACCUUUGACUAUUUACUGGACAACGAACCUCGUUAUUAUAUUCUAAAAUUGCCAAUAUUUCCUAGAAGCUUUGAAGAAUUGGCUAUUAUUCGUUACUGUUUGGGACAACUUUUUACUAAUUGUGUUUUUGAAUAUGCUUUAUUUAAUGAAGCUGUAUUUAAUCCAGAACUAAUUAAUCUUUUAUUCAAUGACGACAAAACAAUUUCUCCCAAAUUUAACAUUCAAAAACCAAAUAUUUUUCCUAACAGAUUUGUUUCAUUUAAUAAUAUUUUGAAAUUUGUUUCAAAUCAUCUAACAAUUUCUGAUUGUCUUACCAUCAAUUUUGGUAAUAAUGGCUUAUACUGGACGGAUAAUUCAAAUUUAUUGGAUAUCAUAACAAUGAAAGGUUAUGACUUACCAAAAAUUCUUUUAAGAAAUCUCAAGUUGGAAUGGCUUUAUUAUGAUAUUGUUAAACAUAUAACAAACUCCAAAGACUGUUCACAAAUGGUGGCUAAUAUUUCUAUACAAUUUUCUUGGCCUCUAAAAUUUGAAUUAAGUGAGAGAGCAGAAAACGUUGAAAUUAAACAAUUAAAUGGAGUUAAAUAUACAAAAUACCAAAUUGCAAAUAUUCACAAUCCAAAAGUUAGAUUUUCAUUUUGCAAUGAAGAAGGAAAAGAUGGAUCAGUUUUGAGUGUUAAAAUUAAGAAAAUGAAAGUUUAG